AUGACAUCUAAGGUUUUUGGGUUUCCAUAAAAUAUUUCAACUAAUUUAGCUUAUGACAAAUACUAAGGUCUGUUGGCCUAUGGAACUAAUUACAACAUGAUCAAGAUAAUCUCAUUGAAAGGGUAUGAGUAUGAAAUUUAUGAGGCUCAUCAAUCUGGUAUAAAAAGACUUGAAUUUGUGCCCAAUCAAGGAAUUCUAAUAAGUGCAGAUGAUAAAAACAUUAUCAGACAGUGGAACUUAAGAGAUCUGCGAUCUCCACCAUUUGAAUGUCAGAUCUAAGAGAAGGGAUCACAAGUGGUAACAUGUAUUCACACAGCUUAGUUUUUGACAAAUGAACCUGAUAAUCAUGGCUUCGUAUUUAUUGGCUUGUCUAAUGGCAACAUCUACACAUAUGAUGUUGAAAUAGGAGCAUUAUCAUCUCUAGUAAUACGCUAUAAAAUAUUAUUCCCUGAUAAAUCUAGCGAUUUAGUUAUUGAUAUGAAAACAAAUCCUUAACAUAUGCAUAGACUUCUAAUAGCUUAUUAGAAUACAGCAAUUGUUAUGUAUUCACUGAAUAAGAACAGAGAUAUUUAAAGAAUACAUUUCUCAAUGUAUGAUAAUGAUAGGGGUAAGGCUCUAGCUAUUGAGUUCAUUCCUCCUAAUCAUGAAAUGUUUGUGGUUGGAUACUCAAGUGGAUGCCUUUGUCUAUACAAAACUGAGUCUAAAAGUCAUAAACCAAGCAAAGUAAUUGACAUCAAGAUGAAUAACAUCUAUGACAUGCAGUUAAAUAUUGUUGAAAGAGGUACUUUCUAUUAAGUGAUAAGCUGCUAGUAUUCUUAUGAAAUAGGAGCAACGUUUGGUAAUCGUGGGAGUCCUAUGUAAACUGAUGUGUUAAUCCUAUCUGGGAAAAAUUAUGAGUCGCAGAUUAAGAUUAGUCAGAUUAUGAAGUAAAGCAGUUUAGAGGAAGAAAUAGAAACCUCAGUAUCAGCAUUAUUUAUGCUCUAAGCUAAAUAUCAAACACUUGAGAAGAUGUCAUUUAAGUUGAAGGAAGAAGAAUCUAAGUAUGAUAUCAAAGGAAUAGAAAUAGUUGACUUUAUUAAAGAUAAAAAUAGAAGUUUAAAUAUCUAUGGAGCAUCGCUUUUGCUGAUCCUAACUAAGUCCUUUAAAUUUCAGUUUUUCAACAUAGAUUCACUCUUUAAGGAGUAAGAUUCAAGCCCGUAAUCACAAAUAGUCAGCUUUGACAAAAUAUACACUCACUAGAGAGAGAUUUUGUGCUCUUAAAUCAUCCCAAUUCAAUCAUCUAAAGAAAUGGCUUAGCUCUUAUGCUUCGUAGAAUUCAGAUCUAUAUAUAUUAAGAAACAGUUACAGCAGAUAUUUCAAACUGAUUAACUUGCUUAGAAUUAUUUGCACGAGAAAAUGAAAAAGAAGAUUCCUAAGGAGUUCAACUCAGAUCUUGAGCUAUAGUGCAGUUUGAACUAUAGUUAGGGUUUGGAGAGCUUUUUAUAAACACCUCUACUAGUAUUGAUUACAGUAGAUAAAAGCAAUACAGUCAAAAUAUAUGGAAUUUAUAGUGAGUAAUGCGAGUUAAUCACUUAAAUUCCAUUGAAACUUGAAAAUUAAGAAGAUUUCGUGGUUAGCAUGUUUUUCUACUUAAAAGCUAAGCUCCUUAUCAUUACUACAGCUGCCGGAUAGAAUUUCGUGAUAACAUCAAUUAACAAUUUGUAAACAAGAAUACUCAAGGAUUAAAGAAGUAUUCCAGACACUGAAGCUGAUGUAGGUAGGGUAACAUGCCUUUCUGCUUCUAAUAGCGCUGGUGAUUUAUUGUUUAUAGGCUAUAAAAACAGUCAUUACACAGUAUUUGAUCAUGAAAAAAAGAAAAUCAAAACAGUUAGAGUUGACUCUAAGACCUCCAAGGACUAUAAAUUUGUUCAAAUUGAGGAUUUACCCUCACAGAUUGAAGACUCAAAAACUCAUGUUUUCUAUGCUUUAACAUCUUAGAAUCUUUACUGUAUCUCUAAAAAGGACUAAUCAACUAUAAAAGCCUCUUACUUUAAAAAGGUAACAUCUAAAAUGCCAAAGCUGAAGAGAUUUGGAUAUAUGAUAGUCAAGGAAAAGUUUUCCAUGUUACUAAUGAUUCAAGAUAACAUAUUUUAGAUGCUUGAUACCUUCUCUUUACAACCCUUUGCAUCAUUCUAGAUUCCGAUAUUUUAUAAAUUUUAAGACUACAGAUUUAUCAAUAAUCUUAUAUAUGGUAUUGGGAAAGACAAUUUCCUCAUUUAUGAACUUGAUUAAGAAAUAAAAAAGCAAAGCAAUGAGAGUAUAUUUGAUUAGUAUUCUGGUAUGUUUGAAGAAAUUAGGCAGAAUAUGAUUUAGCCUGAGAUUAUUUUCAAGAAGCCAACAGGAAUGGGCAAAAUAUUCAAAAAGUAUAUAACAAUAAAAGGAGCCUUAGAUAAAAAUGCCAGUAAUAAUGGAGGUCAACUAUAAAUGAGGCCCUCUUAAAGUAAAAGAGGUAGAAAAUCCACAUUCCAAGAUGAAGAUGAUGAAGAAAGUAAGGAAGAAAUGAAAGACGAUAAAAAGAGAUCAAGAACACCAAACUCAUAAUUGGGACAAAUAAAUAACUAGAUGCAGCAAAAUCUAAGUCAGAUGAAAGAAAACUCUUAGAUGAUUGAUAACAUUGAGAAAAAGGGAGAAAUGCUUAACUAGGAAUCCACAAAUUUUAGAUCUAUGGCCUAGGCACUCAAUCAGAAGAAAAAAUCAAUAUUUUGA